AUGAGCCUGCUAAGUGGCUAUAAGAAAAAGACCAGUUACGAUGGAUAUGAAUCUUUGCAGUUGGUCGACAGCAGCGGAGACUUCAAUAACGGGGGGAGAGGCGGCGGCCCAUUCGGCGGCAGCUUGACGGCGGUUUCCCUCGGCUCCAAGGCAGGCCCAGCGCGACCGGACGACUACAGCACCAUGGACAGCUCAGAUAUGGAUGCCAACUAUGGGGGAGGGCUCCUGGACAUGGUGAAGGGCGGAGCUGGGAAGUUCUUCAGCAACUUCAAGGAUAACCUGAAGGAUACCAUCAAAGACACCUCCAGUAAAGUCAUGCACCAGGUGGCCACGUACACUAAAGGGGAGCUGGACAUUGCUUACAUCACUUCACGAAUCAUAGUGAUGACAUAUCCUUCGUCCGCCGUGGAGAUGGGUUAUGCCAACCACGUGGAGGACAUGCGCUCCUUCCUGGACUCACGGCAUGCUGACCACUACACUGUCUUCAACCUGUCACAGAGGAACUACCGAGGAGCCAAAUUCUCCAACAGGGUUUCUGAAUGCAACUGGCCUUCCAAACAAGCCCCUAGUCUCCACAACCUCUUUGCUGUCUGUAAGAACAUGCACAACUGGCUCAAACAGAACCCCAAGAAUGUGUGUGUCAUUACCUGCUCGGAUGGCAGAGCUCCGUCAGGUGUUCUGGUCUGUGCGAUGUUCUGUUUCUGCCACCUCUUCGCCAACCCCGUGCCCGCCAUGCAGCUGCUCAGCGCCAAGAGACCCGGCUCAGGCCUGUGGCCUUCUCACAGAAGGUACAUUGGUUAUGUGUGCAGCAUGGUGUCUGAGAAGCCCAUCAUCCCCCACUUCAAGCCCCUGACCAUCAAAGCCGUGACGGUCAGUCCGGUGCCCUGCUUCAACAAGCAACGCAGUGGCUGCCGGCCCUUCUGUGACAUCCUCCUCGGAGAGACCAAGAUCUUCUCCACCGCGCAGGACUACGAGAGGAUGAGAGAAUAUCGGGUCCAGGAGGCCAAAGUGGUGUUCAACCUGGGCGUGAGUGUCCAGGGUGAUGUGGUGGUGUCCGUCUAUCACAUGAGGUCCACCAUCGGAGGAAGACUGCAAGCGAAGGUGAGCAACACACAGAUAUUCCAGAUUCAGUUCCACACUGGGUUCAUCGCACCUGGGAUGACCGUCCUGAAAUUCAUGAAGCCUGAGCUGGACACGUGCGAGUCUCCGGACAAGUACCCGCAGCUGUUCCACGUGCUGGUGGACGUGGAGGUGGAGGGCGCGGAGAAGCAGAAGGACCUGACGCCGCCCUGGGAGCAGUUCCCCACGCGAGACCUGACCCCCACCGUCCUCUUCUCCUCGCAGCAGGAGCACCAGCAGGCGCUGGCCAUCGCAGACCCGAGUCAUGGCGGCGGUCCGGACGGUCGGAGGGGUCCUCACGAGGAGAGCGAGCCUUCGGACGACGAGAUGCUGUCUCUGUCCAGCCAGCAGAGCAACGCCAGCAACGAGAGGCCCGGCGGCGGCGGCGGCGGCGGCGGCGCGCAGGCCACGCCUCCCAAGAGGCCGGACGCCCCCCCCACAGGGCCGCCCCCUCGCCCCGCCGAGGACGUGGACCUCCUGGGCCUGGAUGGGGAGGCGGGGGAGCCCCCCUGCUCGUCCCCGCAGCCCCCCGCCGCCAACACCCAGGACCUGCUGGGGGACCUGUUUGGAGGGCCUCCAGUCACCCAGCCCACCAGCGCCCCGGCCUCAGCCCAGUCCACCCCCCGCCGCACGGUGCUCUCGCCAGGUGCCACGGCACAGCCAGCUGCCCCCUUUGGCCCAGCCUUUGGGUCGGGACCAGUGCCCCAGGCCAAGCCCCAGGACUUCAUGGGCGGGUUCCUGGGUCCAGGUAAUAUGGGGCAGCCUGACCCCUUUCUGCAUGCCGCACGGUCGCCAUCUCCCACAAUGCAGAGCGCGGGCAUGGGUCGGAGUUCACCGGUGCCGCCAUCCACGCCCACCGUCAACAUCCAGCAGCAGAACGCCAUGGGGGGCUGGGACUGGAACAGGCCAGCGGGGCAAGGAGGAGGCUUUGGCAUGGGCAGUAAGUCUGCCACCACCAGCCCCACAGGCUCUGUCCACAGCACGCCUACCCACCAGGCCAAGCCCAGCACUCUGGACCCCUUCGCUGACCUGGGCAAUCUGGGCUCAGGCCUCGGAGCAGGUACCUCGGGUUUCUCCAGCAAACCCACCACACCAACAGGCACUGGAGGUGGCAUACCACCCAUGGGCUCUCCUCAGCGGCCCUCUCCCCAGCACACGGGUGCAGGAGGCUGGCAGCCCAACCCCGGAUUCCCCUCCUGGCAGCCUGGAGGUGGGGGACAGUGGCAGGGGCAGCCCCCCUCCCAGCCCAAGCCACCCGGGCCCUCACCAAUGCCCCACACCUCGCCCCAGAACCGACCCAACUACAACAUCAGCUUCUCCGGCAUGGGCGGCACACCGCCUGGAGGCCCCACCAAACCACAGCCUAACAUGGGGACCAAACCGAAAGUGGCAACUGCCAACUUUGACGACCUGCUGUCUGGCCAAGGCUUUUCUGGGGCCAAGGAGAAGAAGGGGCCAAGGACCAUCGCUGAGAUGAGGAAGGAGGAGAUGGCUAAAGAGAUGGAUCCUGAAAAGCUCAAGAUCCUGGACUGGAUCGAGGGAAAGGAGCGGAAUAUCCGAGCCCUGCUGUCCACCAUGCAUACGGUGCUGUGGGAGGGGGAGACCCGCUGGAAGCCUGUGGGCAUGGCUGACCUGGUCACCCCAGAGCAGGUGAAGAAGGUGUACCGGAAAGCCGUCCUGGUGGUGCAUCCUGACAAGGCCACAGGGCAACCCUAUGAACAAUAUGCCAAGAUGAUUUUUAUGGAACUGAACGAUGCAUGGUCAGAGUUUGACAGCCAAGGACAGAAACCUCUGUACUGAGCUGCUGGAGGAGGAGACAUACACCUCUCGCCUCCAUGUGCAACACUGGAAUCAAUGCUCCCCAUUGAUCUCCCCCCAGCCCCCAGGAUCAUUAA